CUAAACCCACAACAGUAAAAUCAGUCUUUAUAUGCAGUAAAGUAUGCUUGUUAUACACACUGUGGAACCUAAGGGGUUAAUCCUCUGCACUGUGUAAAAAUGCUGUUUGAUCCUAACUCCUGAUCCUCCCUUUCUUCCAGUGCCCCCCUUUUAUCUCCUGAUAAAACAUAUCAUGUGGAGACACUCUGCAAAUGCUCAGUUUGGUGUGUAUUGCUAGAGAGGUUUUUUUUUUUUCUUCGGACAGUGAAUCUGAUCAGCACAGGGCCAAUCAGCACUGUUCAGACAGAGGUAAGGGGUUCUGUGUACUCCUAGAGCAUAAAAAAAGCCUUAUACAAGCUUUAACCAGUGCUCUGCUUAAUACUAAUAGAAGUCACAAGACUGCUCUAACUGAUGAUGAUUGCAUUUCCAUGUUCUGUGUACUGUGGGAGAACAGAUAGAGU